AUGGCCAAGCUCGCCACCUUCAUGGUUGUCCUCCUGAUCGCCGUGGCCGUGGCGUCCAUCCCGCCAGCGCACGGCGCUCGCACCCUGGAGACCGUGGAGCACGUGAACCUACCGGCGGCCGUCGCCUCUUCGCCCACGACGGAGAUCACCUUCGAAGUCCCGGAAGAAGAGGUGGAGGCGGAGGGUCCUACCGCGCCAGGGCCUGAUACGGUGGGCUACUAUGAUCAUAAAACACCCAUAACAGGACCGUUCUAG